GUGUGUGUGUGUGUGUGUGUGUGUUCCAGGGUAAAAAUACAGAAGCCAACCAUAUGAGAGAGAGAACCAAUGAGUCUCAGUUGAAGAUUAAAGAGUUGGAACACAACAUCAGCAAACACCGUAAAGACAGUCAGGAGGCUGCUGCUAAGGUGUCUCGUAUGUUAGAGGAACACGAGUGGAUCAGUCAGGAGAGAGGCCUGUUCGGCCAGCCCAACACGGGAUACGACUUCAAGGUCAACAACCCUAAAGAGGCGGGCCAGAGGCUGAGGAAGCUGGAAGAGUCCAAGACACGACUGGAGAGAUCUGUCAACAAGAGAGCCAUGAACAUGUUGAGUCAGGCUGAGGAGAGGGUGAGUUUAGGGAGGUGUGUGUGGUCAGGCUGAGGAGAGGGUGACUUUGGGGAGGUGUGGGGUCAG